GCUGCUGGCUGUCUUGUCCAGAGUCCCACCUGUGUCCCCACAGCCCUGUCACGAAUCACAGUCGGGUUCUGGGCGGGACUGCCACGGCGUUGCGGGCCGGGUGCGGCUCGGCGGUGGAGGACUCUCACUUCGUGCUCCAUCCCGGGCUGGGCCCCGGGGCGGAACUGAUGAUGUGGCUGGGGACUUCAGGGACGAGUGGAUUACCUGGACACUGCUUAGAGAGUCCUCUUCAGGGAUACCACCCAGCACAGUUAGAAGAAUGGGCUCUCAAAGGGACUUCUAGACCAAGUGCAAUCUCCCAGCUAGAGCAGAAGGAAGAGCCAUGGGUCCUACCACUCCAAAAUUUUGAGACUAGGAAGAUCCUGAGGGAAAGUCACACAGACUUUAAGAAUCAGGUGGUAAAACUCAAUCAGGACAUUUCUGAAACAGCAGAACAAUGUGGAACAUCCUCAGAAAGGGCCAAGAAAGAUAUUUCUCAUACUCCUCGUUGGGGAGGAAACUGGGAGAGGGGUGUUGAAUUAGAAGGGCAGCAUGGAACCCUUCUAGGAGAGGGCCAGCAGGAGCCCUUUUCACAGGAGAAGGAAUUAAACAAGCUCCUGGAAGGAUAUAUAGGAAAGAAGCCGAUGUGUGCAAAAUGUGGAAAAAGCUUUAACCAGAGUUCCUAUCUCAUAAGACACCUAAGAACCCAUACCGGUGAGAGGCCUUAUAAAUGCAUGGAGUGUGGGAAAGGCUUCAAACAGAGUUCAGACCUUGUCACCCACCACAGAACACACACAGGGGAGAAACCCUACCAAUGCCAUGGAUGUGAGAAAAAAUUCAGCGACAGCUCAACCCUCAUCAAACAUCAGAGAACCCACACAGGUGAGAGACCCCAUGAGUGCCCAGAGUGUGGGAAGACUUUCGGACGGAAACCACACCUCAUAAUGCACCAAAGAACCCACACAGGAGAGAAACCCUACACGUGCCUCGAGUGUCAUAAAAGCUUUAGUCGCAGCUCCAAUUUCAUCACCCACCAGAGGACCCACACGGGAGUGAAGCCUUACAGGUGUAAUGACUGUGGGGAGAGUUUCAGCCAGAGCUCGGAUUUGAUUAAGCACCAGCGAACCCACACAGGAGAACGGCCCUUUAAGUGCCCGGAGUGUGGGAAGGGCUUUAGAGAUAGUUCCCAUUUUGUGGCUCACAUGAGCACUCACUUAGGAGAAAGGCCGUUCAGUUGUCCUUACUGCCACAAAAGUUUCAGUCAGAGCUCGCAUCUGGUCACGCACCAGAGGACACACACAGGUGAGAGGCCUUUUCAGUGUGACAGCUGUGGGAAAGGAUUUGCCGACAGCUCUGCCCUCAUCAAGCACCAACGGAUCCACACAGGAGAAAGACCGUAUAAAUGUGGCGAGUGUGGGAAGAGCUUCAAUCAGAGCUCCCACUUCAUUACCCAUCAACGAAUCCACUUAGGAGACAGACCCUAUCGCUGUCCUGAGUGUGGCAAAACCUUCAAUCAGCGUUCCCAUUUUCUCACACACCAGAGAACACAUACGGGAGAAAAACCGUUUCACUGUAGUAAAUGUGACAAGAGCUUCCGACAGAAGGCACACCUUUUGUGCCAUCAGAACACCCAUUUGAUCUAGAAAAUAGUCUUUAAUGGUUCUCCUCCUCCCUUUCAAAUUUCCAUUGCUAUUAUCGUUAAGCGCUCCAAAUAGAGAAGACCUGAGACUGGGUGUCGGCGGCUCAAGUCAGGCCCUGAUCUGUUCUCUUUUGCCGUGCUUUAAUGGCGAGGAUAAACCUACAGGGUCCAAAUAAUGUUCUAAACACAAAAGGCAUUCCUUCA